AUGUCUGGAACAACGUCCAGGGAUAAAGACUUUCUUUCCCUGUUUAAUACCCAUUCAUUUUUUUGUCCGUGACCGGGCGCUGCUUUUUCUCCAUCUGAUCCAGGAGUACAUUUGCUGAAUUUCGGGAAAACUUCAGAUCGCACAAUUUGAGGAAUUCCGGGUGAUGGAGGUUUAAAAUGUUCGGAGGAAUUGAAUGACAUCUCGAUACAGAAGUAAGAUGCACAGAUGUGGCGUCGUCAGGACUCAUCGGCGCUACUACAAAUGAAUGAACCGAAUAUCUGAUCGGAGUCUAGACUAAAAUAGACUGAAUUGCAGUGAUUUUUUUUUCCGGUAACCUGUUGCCUGAAAUCUGAUUGGAUUAUUUAGAUAUCUUGAGGGUUGUAUAACACCUGAGCUGAUUGACGUGUUCAUCCUUGGGUACCAGUCUUCAGUAUGUGGCUACAUUAGUCUACUCUCCGUCUUAUGACAUUUGUUGAUUUGUUUCAGCUGUACCUUUACUGAAAUUAAACUGGUAAAAAUGAGUGUGAAGGCCGUGUGUUGGGUCAUUUUUGUGUAUUACUUGGCCUUAGCAGUGUUUGUGUCACAUUGUAGCACAGCUGAUGGUAAACUGGCUGAUCUGAGACUAAACAAAUCAAGGCGUCGGUCAUCCUUUAUGUCAAGACGGAGCUCUGUCUCCUUGGCAGCUCGGCCUAAAGUUAAUGAGAACCCAGAAGCAAUGCAAAAUGAUGACGCAAAUAUUAGACAAAACAGAAGGUUGUUAAGUCAGGCAAGAGGUAUGCAGGGUGGGUUGGAAAACCUCCAGAGAGAUAGUGGUGUUCCCGGAGCAAGGGCUACCCUGUCCCGCAUGCCUAACUCUGCUGGAUCCCCAAAUCUGCUGGCCACAUUUGCCGGGAAAAAUCGUCUACUGGUCAUCUCAGCCCCUCAUGAAUCAGAUGGCUAUUACAGGCUAAUGAUGAGCCUGCUUAAGCCUGAUGUGUACUGUGAGCUGGCUGAAAGACAUGUGCACCAGAUUGUGAUGUUUCACCAGGAGGGAGAGAUUGGUGGAAAAGUCAGACGCAUUACCAAUGUGGGCAAAGUGAUGGAAGAGCCUCUGGAUAUAGCACUCAUCCCACGACUCAUGAACUUUCUCAAGUUAGAAAAAGGGAAGUUUGGUAUGGUGCUUUUGAAAAAGACCCUUCAAGUGGAGGAGCGCUACCCAUACCCAGUGAGGCUGGAGGCCAUGUACGAGGUCAUAGACCAGUCACCCAUGCGAAAGAUGGAGAAGGUAAGACAGAAGGGCUUUGUGCAGAAGUGUAAGGAGGCAGGGGAGGAGGGUCAGGUGGUUGAGGGCAUCCCUAGCACUGUGAGAAGACCACAGAGAAAAGAAGAGCCCACCAGAAGACCCAAACAGGUCACCACCACAUCUACAUCUACACCUACUUCUGCUACUACUACUACUACAAGACCUACUACUACCACAACAACUACAACUACCACCACCCGGCCCCCUACCACUCAUCCCACAACAACCAUCCGCUUUACUACUUCUUCCACACAGGCCACUACCAUCUCCCAGAGACCAACAAAAGCUCAAACAAUCUCACAAUGGGACUCCAAAUCCAAGACCAAGAAUCACCAUCAUAAUAACAGACACAAGUCUAAGAAAAACUCUAUUCAUCCAACCACCCCCUCUUACUUCCAUACCAAAGCCUACACUGCAAAAAAUGGAGACAAUCGUACUGACCGAAAGGACUACAUUCUUAAACAACCUGGUGACCUGCCAAGUCAACACAAGCCAGUCAAAUCUAAGCCAAUUAAGAAAAAAAAUGGAGAUGGUCUGAGUAAUGUAUAUGAAGACAAGCAUAAUGUUGGCAAACCUACAGACACUUACCCAGUAGAAAAAACCUUUGAGAAUGUUCCUAUUAAGAAAGACAAGGACAAGCAGGACAAUAUAGAGAAAAGUAAGAAAAAAGACAAAUCAGAUAAGCUGCCAAAGAAGGACAAGUCAAAAAGGAAAGGGAAGGAACAUGAAGGAAAAAAGAGGAUAGCAGCGAGGCCUGGAAAAAAUAUGAACAAGAAGACUGAAAUAGAAAAUAAGGAGUACCAGAAUCCUACAAAGAAACCAGCACCUCCUUCAAAGGGAGCUCUUGCUACAUUCUUGGAAUAUUUUGAAAACAGAAGGCGGUUAAUUCUGAUUACUGCUCCAUCAGAGGAGAACAACAUGUAUGUGCAGCAGAGGGAUGAAUAUCUAGAGCAUGUAUGUGAAAUGGCUAUCAGGAAGAUCUCUAUCAUCACCAUAUUUGGCACUUUCACCAACAGCACCAUGAAAAUUGAUCAUUACCAGCUUGAAAAUGACAAACCUAUGAAGGGCCUGCGGCAGGAGGAUCUGGUGAACCAGGAGCUCAUCACAGAUCUGAGGACAGCGUUCAGAAUGACCUACAAUGAUUUCUAUAUGGUGCUUACUGAUAUGGACAUGAAAUGGAAGCAAUUUUAUGAGGUCCCAAUUGCCAUGAAGGCAGUAUUUGGCUACAUCGAUACCUUCUCUUCUCGCAUCAGAGAAAUGGAGCAACAAAAGCGCGAUGGGGUGACAUGUAAAAAAGAAGACAAGCCACGAUCAUUGGAAAACUUUCUGUCCAGGUUCAGGUGGAGACGCAGACUUUUUGUGAUAUCAGCUCCCAAUGAUGAAGAGUGGGCCUAUCAGCAGCAGCUCUAUGCCCUCUCCAGUCAGGCGUGCAACCUUGGGCUUCGUCAUAUAUCUGUUUUAAAGCUACUGGGCACUGAGAUAAUAGACAUGGGUGGAGUGUUGGAGCUCUACCCCAUUAAUGGCAGUGCAACAGUGGACCGUGAGGGCUUGUCAGCAACACUGGUGAGAGACAUCAGGAAUUAUUUCCAGAUCAGCCCUGAAUAUUUCUCCAUGUUGCUGGUGGGCAAAGAUGGUAAUGUAAAGUCCUGGUACCCAUCACCAAUGUGGUCCAUGGCCAACAUUUAUGAUCUGAUCGACUCCAUGCAGCUACGUAGGCAGGAGAUGGCCAUCCAACAGAGCCUGGGCAUGCGCUGCCCUGAGGAUGAGUAUGGUUCCUAUGGCUAUCACCAUGGUUACCACAAUGGCUAUCAGGAGGGAUAUCAUGAAGGAUAUGGUUACUAAAGGCUAUGUCAGUUUGUGAGCUAUCCAAAAGGAGUCUAUAUUAUGCAGUGGACUGAAGUUCAGCAUCAAAUGUCACACAAUCAUACUUACUCUUUUUAACUGUUUUUUUUUCUUCAUUUAUCAUUUAAAGUUAAACAUGUCUUAUGUUUUAUAAAGGUCUAUUAUCUCUCCCUGACAGAGUAUAUAGUGUUUUACAGCCAGUGACAUUAUCUUUUGUAGAUAAAAGCUGAAGAAAUUUGUAUUAUUUUCUGGCUGAUCAUUGUCAGGGUCACAGCCAGGUUUCUGUUAAUGGAAACUGGUUUGGAUUUUUUUUUUUACUCCACUGUAAAUCAUUGUUACACACAUACACACAAACACACACACAUAUAUAUGUGUGUGUGUGUGUUUGUGUGUGUGUACUGUGUGCCUAUUUAUAAUGAUGUUAAUAAAAAUAACUUUAUAGCUUUA